CUCGCGCCUCCUCGCCCACGCUCACCGCACCAUGGCGCACCUGCUCGCGCCCGAGGCCGCCGCCAGCGCCUCUUCGUCGUCCCGCUCAUUCGCCGCCGGCCGUGCCAACAUCAUCGUGCGCGACGACGACACCUUUGACUGGGAGAGCUACAUCGCGGCAUACACAGGCCGGACACGCAUCUCGCGCCUCCUCUUCCUCGCGCUGCACUCGCCCUCGCUGCGCCUGCCGUGCGCCAAUGCCGCGCUGGCGCUGCUGCGCCAGACGCCCGAUGCGCACCUCUACUCGUCGGCGGCGCUGGUGCGCAACACGCUGCCCGACGGCGUGGCGCUGCGCCCGGCCGCCGAGCGCGUGCCGCCCGAGGACCGCGCCUGGAUGGCCGAGGCGGAGCAGGAGCAGCGCCGCACGACGGAGAAGCUCGAGAUGGAGCUGCGCGGCUAUCAGAACAACAUGAUCAAGGAGAGCAUCCGUAUUGGACACCGCGACUUGGGCAAUUGGCUGCGCGACUGCGGCCAGCUGAGCGAUGCGCUCAAGUGCUACACGCGCACGCGCGAGUUCUGCUCCACCAGCGAGCAUGUCGUGGAGAUGUGUCUCGGCGUCAUUGAGGUCUCGCUGGAGCUACACAACUUCUCCAACGUCUCCACAUUCGUCUCCAAGGCCGAGGGCGUGCUGGAGUCGUACAACCCCUCUGCUGCAGCUGCGUCGGCAUCCAAGCACUCGGGCAGCUUCAGCAGCGCCACGGGUGUGCCUUCCGCGCGCGGUGGUCCGACGCCCGGCGGCGAUGUAAUUGGCGCCCUCUUCCGCGCCGGUGGAUCCGUGGGCAACGAGGCGUCGGAGAGCGUGGCAUCGUCCAACGCCGAGAGCUUGCGCAAGAAGGCGGCGCAGAGCAAGGGCCUGAGAGACCUCACUGCCAAGCUCGCAGCUGCGGGCGCUGUGGCGCAGCUGGGCAUGGGCAACUACGAGCGCGCAGCCCGGGCCUUCCUCGCCAUUGAUCCUUCGGCAGCCGGAGCAGGCGCUGAGCAAAUCGCGCACAUCCUGUCUCCCGCCGACAUUGCGCUCUACGGCGUCUUCUGUGCGCUGGCCACCUUUCCUCGUUCGACGCUCAAGAGCGAGGUGGUGGAGCGUGCGUCCUUCCGUCCCUUCCUCGAGCAUGCACCGCACGUGCGGCAGCUGCUUGAGGCAUUUGCAGCGUGCGACUACAAGCGUGCGCUGGACCUGCUCGAUGUGUGGAAGAGCCGGCAUCAGCUCGACGUCUACCUCGCGCCGCAUCUCGGCCACCUGACGGACGCGCUGCAGCAGCGUGCACUGCAGCAGUUCUGUGCGCCCUUCGAGAGCGUGGCCGUCGAGCGCAUGGCAGCUGCGUUCGGCUGGGACAGCGAGCACACGCUCGAGAAGCUCGUCGCGCUCAUCCAGGCCGGCAAGCUGGAGGCGCGCAUCGACUGGAGUCGCAUGGUGCUGGAGACGAAGCGCGUUGAUGAGCGCACGGCGCUGUUCGAGAAUGCCAUCGAGGUGGGGCAGAAGCGCGUGCGCGCUGCAAAGGCGCUGCUGCUGCGCAUGGAGCUCGUCGAGAAUGGACUCAUCGUGAAGGCGCCGCUGGCCAGUGAGGCCAGUUGAUGCUCCCGCGCCCCCUACAUCCGCGCCAGCCCACAUUACACCGGGUCGGGCUGCGCUUUGUCACUGUCAACAUGCCGCUGUCAUGAUUUGCAUUGAGAGCGUGGCUGGGACGUGAAGGCGUGAAGAGGUGACCGUGUCGUAAACAGGGGAAGAAGUCGAAGAAGAAAUGAGGGACAUGCGCAGAAAGAGAGGGCCGCCCAGGACCAGGCCGAGAGAAGAGCAAGGCCGUGCUGCA